AUGAACAUUGUCCUCACCGCCAGUAACUUUGUCCUCACCGCCACGAACCUUGACCUCACAGGCAGCAACGUUGUCCUCACCGCCAGGAACGUUGUCCUCACCGCCAGGAACGUUGUCCUCACCGGCAGGAACCUUGUCCUCUCAGCCAGGAACCUUGUUCCUGGCGGUGGGGAUAAGGUUGCUGGCGGUGAGAACAAGGUUCCUGGCUGUGAGAACAAGGUUCCUGCCGGUGAGAACAAGGUUUCUGCGGUUGAGGACAAGGGUCCUGCCGGUGAGGACAAGGUUCCUGACGGUGAGAACAAGGUUGCUGGCGGUGAGGACAAGGUUGCUGGCGGCCAGGACAAGCUUCCUGCCGGUGAGGACAAGGCUCCUGCCGGUGAGGACAAUCUUCCUGGCGGUGAGGACAAGGUUGCUGGCUGUCAGGACAAGGUUGGUGGCGGUGAGGACAAGGUUGCUGGCGGUGAGGACAAUGUUCCUGGCGGUGGGGAUAAGGUUGCUGGCGGUGAGGACAAGCUUGCUGGCGGUGAGGACAAGGCUCGUGGCGGUGAGGAAAUGUUCUUGACGCUGAAGACAAGGUUCCUCACGCUCAGGACAAGGUUCCUGGCGGUGAGGACAGGAUUCUUGGCGGUAAGGACAAGGUUCCUGGCGGUGAGGACAAGAUUCCUGGUGGUGAGGUCAAGGUUCCUGGUGGUGAGGACACGGUUCCUGCUGGUGAGGACAAGGUUCCUGGUGGUGAGGACAAGGUCCCUGGCGGAGCGGGUAAGGUUCCUGGCGGCGAGGACAAGGUUCCUGGUGGUGAGGGCAAGGUUCCUGCUGGUGAGGACAAGGUUCCUGGCAGUGAGGACAAGGUUCCUGGUGGUGAGGACAAAGUUCCUGUCGGUGAAGAUAAGGUUUCUGGCGGUGAGGACAAGGUUCGUGGCGGUGAAGAUAAGGUUUCUGGCGGUGAGGACAAGGUUCCUGGCGGUGAGGACAAGGUUCCUGACGGUGAGGACAAGGUCGCUGGUGGUGAGGACAAGGUUUUUGGCGGUGAGCACAAGGUUUCUCGCGGUGAGGACAAGGUUGCUGGCGGUGAGGAGAAGGUUCCUGGCGGUGAGGACAAGGUUUCGGUCGGUGCGCACAAGGUUUCUGGCGGUGAGGAAAAGGUUGCUGGCGCUGAGGACAAGGUUGCUGGCGGUGAGAACAAGGUUCCUAGCGGUGAGGACAAGAUUCAUGGCGGUGAGGACAAGUUUCCUGGCGGUGAGGACAAGGUUCCUGAGGGCGAGGACAAGGUUCCUGGUGGUGAGGACAAGGUUCCUGGCGGUGAGCACAAGUCUUUUGUCGGUGAGGACAAGGUUGCUGACGGUGACGACAAGUUUGCUGGCGGUGAGGACAAGGUUGCUGGCGGUAAGGAGAACGUUCCUAACAGUGAGAACAAGGUUCCUGAUGCUGAGGACAAGGUUCCUGUCCGUGAGGACAAAUUUCCUGGCGGUGAGGACAAGGAUCCUGGCGGUGAGAACAAGGUUCCUGGUGGUGAGGACAAGGUUCCUGGCAGCGAGGACAAGGUUCCUGGCGGUGAAGACAAUGUUUCUGGCUUUGAGGACAAGGUGUCUGGCUGUGAGGACAAGUUCCCUGACGCUGAGAACAAGGUUCCUGGCGGAUGAGGACAAGGUUCCUGGUGGUGAGGACAAGGUUCCUGGCGGUGAGGACAAGGUUUCUGGCGGUGAGGAAAAGGUUUCUGGCUGUGAGGACAAUGUUCCUGGCGGUGAGGACAAGGUGUCUGGCGGUGAAGACAAGCUUCCUGGUGGUGAGGACAAGGUUCCUGGCAGCGAGGACAAGGUUCAUGGCGUUGAGCACAGAGGUUUCUGGCGGUGACGACAACGUUGCUGGCGGUGAGAACAAGGUUCAUGGCGGUGAGGACAAGGUUCCUGCCGGUGAGGACAAGGUUUCUGGCGGUGAGGACAAGGUUCCUGGCGGUGAGAACAAGGUUCCUGACGGUGAGGACAAGGUUCCUGGUGAAGAGGACAAGAUUCCUGGCGGUGAGGACAAGGUUUCUGGAGGCGAGGACAAGGUUUCUGGUGGUGGGGACAAGGUUCCUGGUGGUGAGGACAAGGUUCCUGACACUGAGGACAAGGUUCCUGUCGCCGAGGACAAAGUUCCUGACGGUCAGGACAAGAUUCCUGGCGGUCAGGACAAGGUUCCUGGCGGUGAAGACAAGGUUCCUGGCGGUGAGGACAAGGUUUCUGGCGGUGAGGACAAGGUUCCCGGCGGUGAGGACAAGGUUUCUGGCUGUGAAGGCAAGGUUGCUGUCGUGGAGGACAAGGUUACUGCCGGUGCGAACAACGUUCCUGACGCUGAGGCCUUGUUCGUGGCGGUGAGUUCAAGGUUUAUGGCGUGAGCACAAGGUUGCUGCCGGUCAUUACAAGGUCCCUGGCUUUGAGGACAAGGUUCCUGGAGGUGAGGCAAGGUUUCUGGCGGUGAGGACAAGGUUCCUGACGGUGAGGACAAGGUUCCUGACGGUGAGGACAAGGUUCCUCGCGGUAAGGACAAGGUUCCUGGCGGUGAGGAAAAGGUUCCUGGCGGUGAGUACAAGGUUCCUGGCGGUGACGACAAGGUUUCUGGCGGUGAGCACAAGGUUGCUGCCGGUAAGGACAAGGUUCCUGGCCUUGAGGUUCCUGGCCGUGAGGACAAGGUCCCUGGCGGUGAGGACAAGGUUCCUGGUGGUGGGGACAAGGUUCCUGGCGGUGAGGACAAGGUUCCCGGCACUGAGGACAAGGUUCCUGUCGGCGAGGACAAAGCUCCUGGCGGUCAGGACAAGAUUCCUGGCGGUCAGGACAAGGUUCCUGGCGGUGAAGACAAGGUUCCUGGCGGUGAGGACAAGGUUUCUGGCGGUGAGGACAAGGUUCCCGGCGGUGAGGACAAGGUUUCUGGCUGUGAAGGCAAGGUUGCUGUCGUGGAGGACAAGGUUACUGCCGGUGCGAACAACGUUCCUGACGCUGAGGCCUUGUUCGUGGCG